CUCCAUCUUCCUUCGCGAAGGCAUGCCUCAUCUCCAUUAUUUGCAUUCGGCUGAGCAUGGAAACCACUGUCUUGCGCAUCCGUAAGCGACGGAGGGAAUUUACGGGUUGCUGGCGCUGUCGUGAGCGGAAGGUGAAGUGCGACGAGGGAUCCCCUUGCUCGGCAUGCAAGAGACUGGGAUUCGAAUGCGAUGGCUCCAGUACGCGUCUUGUCUGGAUUAAUGGCAACAAGCCCUACCGAUCGACCGGACGGAGGUAUAUGCACGGUGAGCUCACCUGGGCAAACUAUGCCGCUCUCGACUCUGACGUGGUCGAUCUCUUGAUCGCACAAUUGGAUGAUGACAGGGCGAGCGAGACACCCUGGCCUCUGGGGAUAGAGCAUAAUCCCUUCUCUGUCUUUCCUGCUGCGGCCUCACGAUCGCUAGUGUCCAAUAUGAACCAGGCCCUGGUGUGCAAUAGUAUCAAAACGCCUCAGCCUAGUGACGAGGAGAAGCUCCUCUUUCACCACUAUGUCGACUAUGUGGCAUCCAUCAUGAUGCCAUUCGAGCAUCCGUGCAAUCCUUGGAAACGGCACUACCCUGCCGUCUCACUGCAGUACUCCGGGUCCGGGGAGAAAGCUUUGUACCAUGCGAUUCUGGCCCAUGCAGCAUUUAACUUUGCCCAUCUGGGGAGCGACAGGCAGAAGAUGAUGCGGCUGGCCACAUUAAACUACAACACGGCAAUCAAAUACGUGAAUGACUCUCUGCGAGUGUCUGGCAGGGAGUCUGGUAGCACGCUGGCAGCCAUUAUGACGCUGAUGAUGGCCGAGGUCUACAGUGGCAAUUCUAGCAAGUGGAAGCAUCAUCUCCAAGGGGCAUGGGCUUUUCUCCUCGAAUCAAAUGGCAAAGAGCCAUGGAAAGAAUCGGAGUUUGCGUGUUUUUCCACCCAGAGUCUACUAAUUGUGAAGAUCAUCGGGGCUACCUGCCUGAUAGAUAGCCAGAGCACCACUCUACUCCUACCACCCAGCGAUGAAACAGCAGCGACAGCGGUAGCGACCCGUAGGGAAGCUGGACCGGUCGUCUCCCCCUCCAUGAGUUCGGACCUAGCGUGCGGCUCGCUCAUCUCCUCAACGCCUCAGUUUGGAUUCACCAUCGGUGCCCAGCGACUCCUUCUCGAGUGCAUUUCCACUAUCACGACCGUCAGCCAACAGAUGCGAUCAGACGCCUCCGCCAGAACGUGCCUAACUGCCGACCGGACCGUCUCCCAAGUACUCGCCUGUCUGGAUCUUCUCCAGGCGGAAGCCCUCGAUAAUACUCUCGGGGACAUCGAGAUCGAACGGGUUCUCGAGGGUAGUCCACAGACCUCGAAACCCAAUAUCCAGGAACUAGCACGAUACCAGCUCAACGCGUUCAUCUUCGCAACCUACAUCUACCUAUACCGAGCCCUCCUGGAUGUGCCACCCAAGCGCGUCGCAGUGUACGUAUCGCUGACAUUCGAUAAUAUAGCCGCCUUUUCCGCGCAGAGUCGUGGGAAUUUCUCGUUAUGGCCGGCAUUCAUCGCGGCGGUAGAAGCCUACACAGCGGAGGAUAUGGAGUCAUCACGCCUGUGGCUGAAGCAGUCGACGCAUUUCGGGCUAGGGAACCGGCUUGCAGUCAAGUCGAUCAUCGAGGAGGUAUGGCAGAGACGGGAUGCUUUGCGCGCGGAGAAGGGGAUGGACCCGGGGCUCGCCGCGGUGGAUUGGCGAGACGUGAUCAGAGAUUUAGGGACGGAUAUUUUGUUGGUCUGAAUUCAUUGCUCUAUCUUCUUGCAUUGUUUCUAUCUUAUAUAGUUGAUUCCGUUCCUUGCUCCUUCUAAUGUUUGAUUAAGUUAACUCGUGGC